AUGGAAAAAUUAAUCAUAGAAGAAAAAAAGAUUGAUGGGAUUAAAACUUUAAAUGAUGAUGAAUUUCAACCUUCAAAUUAUUCUUCACUUGUCGAUCCUAGUAAUAAUCCUACUACCAAUCAAACCAAUCGAGCAGAAAAAAAAUUAAUUGCAAAAUUAGAUAGAAUCAUUCUUCCUUUUACUGCACUUCUUUAUCUUUCUGCUUAUUUAGAUAGAGGUAAUUUGGGUAAUGCUAAAUUACAAGGAUUAAAAGCUCAACUUUUAGGAAAUAACGAUAUUAAAUUUUCAGUUGUACUUUGCGCGUUUUAUAUUACCUACAUAGUCUUUUCAAUUCCUGGAACUCUUUUAUCAAGAGCUAUUACUCCAAGUACUUCAAUGGCAUUAGGAGCCAUGAUUUGGUCAAUUGCUGCAAGCGCGAUGGCCUCAGCUCAAAAUUAUCCAAGUUUGGUUGUUUGUAGAUUAUUCAUUGGUUUAGGUGAAGCAUUGUUUGGUCAAACCGUUUCAUUUUAUUUUAGUUUAUGGUAUAAGAAAAAUGAAGUAAGUAAACGGAUUGCAAUCUUUAUUGGAGCUGGUACUUUAGCUGGUGCAUUUGGUGGAUUGAUUGCAUUUGGAGUUUCAAAUAUUAAAUCUUCUUCUAUAUCAACUUGGAGGAUUUUGUUUCUUAUUGAAGGUUUACCUUCGGUUCUUUUGGCUAUUGCUCUUUUCUUUUGUUUACCUACUAAACCUGAGAAAACUAAAUAUCUUAAUGAAACUGAAAGAGAAUUAUUAUUGAAUCGAUUAAAACAAGAUGGAUUACAUGAGAGUUCUAAUAAAAUCGAUUGGAAUGGGGUUAAAAGAGCAUUUACUGAUUGGAAAACAUAUGUGAUUUCUGUCUUAUAUAGUUGUAUGAAUUUAACACUAGGAAGUGUUAGUGGUUUCUUACCUACAAUAAUUUCAUCAAUGGGUUAUAGUGAUGCAUCAGCUCAACUACAUACUGUACCACCAUAUGCAGUCGCCUUAGUCUUUAUGAUCUCUUUAUCUACUAUUUCUGAUAAACUUAGUAGUAGAGGAUUACCGAUCGUAUCGGUCUUUUCGAUCUCUUCUAUAGGUUGGUUAAUCCUUUUAUUAGUCGAAACCAAUCAACAUGUUAGAUAUUUUGCUACUUUUUGUGUUGUGAUUGGUGGUUAUGCGGCUAUUCCUUUGAUUAUUGGUUGGGUUAGUAAUAAUACGCCUAAUCAGAGUCAACGUGCAGUUUCAUUAGGAAUGUUAAACACAGUUGGUCAAUGUUUAUCAAUCCUUGCUGCAUUUAUCUUUCCUGAAUCAGAAAAACCUGGAUGGAAAACUGGCUUUGGAACCAACUUGGCAUUUAAUCUUUUAGCCAUCUUAAUCAGUUUGUGUAUGACAAGUUAUUAUCGAUUAGAGAAUCGUAAACGUGAUCGACAAAACCUUGGAACAGAGAAAUCGAUUGAAUCUGAUUAUGAUUUAUCACCUAGUUUGUCAUACUAUUUCAUCUUCUUUUGA